CCCAGGAUCUCUCAGCCGGGGAUCUCGGUCGGAGCCCCUGCAGGCGGUCGGAUCCCCCGGAGCUUUCACUCGGAGCUCCUGGUCGGAGCCCCUGCAGGCUGCGCGGCUGAGCAAGGUCGGGCCUCCCAGAUCCCUCACGCGGGGCUCCCAGUCGGAGCCCAUGCGGCCAGCUCGGCGGAGCUCCUGGUCGGGGCAGGUGCGGCCACAGUGCCUGGACCCCAGCACGGAGUGCUGCGGCUGGGCCGCACACGCCAUCCCGGGCUUCGUGGGCCCUCCGCAGCGUCGCGCCUCCUUGGACGCGGUGCUCCUGGCGCCGCUCGCGGGCACCCCGCCGUCGAAGCCGAGCCCGCUCGGCCGCGCGGGCCUCCGCCUGGGGCUCGACCUGCCGUGCGGCGAGGAGCCCAGCAGGUCCCCCUCGACGGCCGUGCCCAGCCCGCACGCGUCCGAGAGCGAGGCCUCCCAGGCGCCCGAGGACCUGCGGGUGCAGGUGCCCCUUGCAGCCACGCUGCUCGAGAUCUACUCCGGCUACGCGGACGACGACGCGGAGGUGCAGGACAGGUUCGUGCUCUUGGCCUUCAGGCGCUUCACGACCUUUGGGACCAGCGAGGUGUCGCGCGAGCGCUUGCACGAUGCAUUCAUCCACAUGGGCUUCCUAACCUCCACGCGGGAGCACGCCCUCGAGCUGGCCGCCGAGGUGUCCAAGUUCUCGAACUUCGACUUCACGGACUUCUGCGAGUGCGUGAGCAGGUUCGCCGCCCGCGAGCGCGCCGCUGUCCGCCAGCGCGCGGGCGCAUGCCUGGCGGAGCGCCCCGACCGCGCCGGCGGCGCGGCGGCAUUCGACGGGGUGCAGCAGUUCCUCGGCGCCGCUGGCCUGUGCCUCCCCUCCAGCCACGUGGAGAAGGCACGGCAGGCGGCGGGGUUGGGUUGCGUGGAGCCGGAGGACAUGAGCACCCGCGACCUCCUUUUGACGCUGGCAGCGUGCAGGGUGAACGAGGGCUUCACCCCGGAGGAGGUGGCGGCCGCGCACGAGGUCUUCUCCGGGCUGGAGCAGGAGCAGCGCGCCCCUUCCGGCGGCUGGGGACCUAUGGCCAAGGCCUCCGCACUUGCCGAGGGCCUGCUCAAGUUCAGCGGCCUCUACUGCGUGGACUACAUGGACCAGCUGGCGGACGCCCUGCCCUCCGAUUCCGCGGAGCAGCCAGGCGUCUGCUUCCACGAGUUCCUGGUCUGGGCGCGCCGGCUGCGCGACGCCAUGCUGCAGGGCCUGUGGAGCUGCUUCAGGGGCUUCGACACGAGCGGCGCGGGCCGAGUCCAGCUGGACACCGCCAUCACCAUGCGAUCAAGUUUGGCCUGUCCAUGCUGACGGACGCUGUAGGCGAGCUCCUCUCGGGCCUCGGCCUGCAGAACGACACCGCCCUGGACUUCGACGCACUGGUGCAGUUUAUUGGCGCGGCCCAGAGGGUGCACGGCUUCACCCGCUCCGAGCAGGAUGAGCUCAGCGCCGCGUUCCAGAAGUUCAACAAACACGGAACAGGUGAGCUGACCCACUUGCAGGUGCUCGAUCUGCUCCGGUACCUCGGCAACACCACGAGCGUGGAUGAGGUGUCCUCCCUGAUCAAGCGAGUGGACUUCAACGGGAAUGGCUCCAUGGACCUCGAGGAGUUCUUCAGGCUGAUGAGGAUGAUGCGCGAGCAGGACAUGCUGUGCGUUCGCAAGUCAUUCGACAAGCUGCGCAGCUCCACUGGCCAGAUGCCCAAGCGCUCCGUCAAGGCCGCUCUCGCCAGGCGGGGGCUGUUCCCGCAGGAAGCCGUGCUCGCCGAGUUGCUGCAGGACAUGCCGGCGGAGGUGUGUUUCACUUCGUUCAUGCACAUCUACGACAGGUGCCGCUUUCGCGUGAACCUCGAGUCCCGGAAGCGCGCAGGCUUCUCUGAGGACACCGUGGAGGAGAUCGCGAGCCUUUGGAGCUGCGACAGGAACCUGGCAAAGCCGACCACCGUCGGCGAGCUCAUCUGGAUGUUCACCGACUCGCACAAGGUCCCCGUGCACACGAGCGAGGGACGGCACCAGCUGCUCCGCCGCGUGCAGGCCGCGCGGGGGGCCGCUCUCGAGGCGGGGGUCCCGCCGGAAGAGCUCGAGAACGAGGAGGAGCCGCUCGGGAGCGCAUCCGCCGUCGGGUUCUACACGCUGGUGCACCUCAUCCGCAGCUUCGUGAGGGACGCGGAGCAGGAGGUCAUCGACCGCGAGAGGGAAGCGGUGUCCGUCGCACGCUUCCCGCAUAGCGAGGCUGCCGAGUUCCGCCGCGUGUUCUCCGACCUCGCCGAGCGGGAAGCCAGGAGGUCGUCGACCUGCGGCCAGCCUGCGGCCGGCGGAGGGCAGCGAGUGGACCAGCUCCUCACGUUGCUCACGAGGGUGCCCGCCAUACCACUGUCGGCCCUGCCGCUCUUGCUGAAGUCCAUUGGGCUCCACGUCCCCAGCAGCAGGCUGAAGGACCUGAAGCGGUUCCUGGCGCAGGCCAGGAGCCGCGUCGAGGCAGACGAGGGGACGAUCCGGUUUGCCACUUUCCUGAGGAUGAUGCGAUGGAUGCUCGACACGGACUUUGCGGACAUCUGCAGCGUCAUGAAUUUCCGCAGAGUGUGACCGUGCCGGGGACGCUAGACUUCUCCGUCCUCGUACUGGAGCGGGGCCUCUCUUGAGGGCGGAUGGUUGCCAGGGCAGCCCGAAUAGGGACGCCGCACGAGGCACACACCUGAACGCUCUGUACUGGCACGCGGCGCCCCCUGAGCCGGCAUGCUUGUUUUUUUUUCUCUGCGUUGUUUUUGCUUGCCUGGGCGGCUCCUUGAAUCAAUGGCUUGGUUAGCAUGUGCAAGUUCUUACUCCAAGCUCAUCUGGAUGAUCCUGGACGGCAGCACUGCUUCAACUUCGCGAGUUGGUGACGGAUGAUGAUGUCGCUGCAGGGGACCAUCGCUGAAUGCGAUGUUAUUUCCUCUAUGUGUGUUAGGUGCUUGCCUGAUUGAUUGUGUUGCGUCUCCACCUACAGCGCAGAACUGCUUCCACUCUCCUCCUUCCUCGUCGUCGUCGUCGUCCACCUCCUGUUAGGCCAGUUGUAGCAUGUAGGAGUCCGGCGCCCCCUUCCCAUCAGUUGGGAAGCUGGCAGAUUUCAUGGCCGAAGCUGUCCAGGACGCGCGGUCACCCCUUCUGCAGCAGACGGGUCCAAAUCGCACGUUGGUCCCUCAAUCGUGGGCACGUCGUGUUCUCGGGCUAUAUUUUGUUCCUUAGGCUUUGUACGCGUGCUUCGCCCUUGGGAGGCCGCACGCGUAUCCCCAUCGUUUUUGUUUGUCCGUUGCUUCCAUGCAGACGGGGCAGGCGGCGAGUCUGCCAGGACCUGCGGCAGGUGCCGCCAUUGCUGAGAAUAUCAGUUUUCGAGAUCGCCUGCGGCACAUCAACGGCCGCUCUCUGGGAGUUUGACGCAUCUGGCCGGUAGUCUCUUGGAGGCAGUUUUGAAGCCUCUAUGGGGGUUCUGUUGGAGGAGGGUGGCGGACAUGGCACCCAGUGUUACAGUUGGGUUCGCCCGCUUUGUUUGUUUUUCGGGCAGCGGUGUUGCCCUGCACCCCUCGAUCACUGUGGCUUCGUCCAGCGAGCAACCGUGGUUGUUGUACAGAGUGGUGUUCAAUCGUGUAUCCGUUUUUCUACCUGCAAGCACGCGCACUGAUCCUGCGGAAUAUGCUGCAACCACGCGCACGGCCCUCCGAAUCACACAGGAGGACUGCCUGCGGGACAGUGGGGGUGCACGUCGCCUCUCCCUGGCAGAGGCCGGCGCGCUCUCGAGCUCGGCUCGAGCCGGCAGGCCUCCUUCCCCCUGGCAACCCCUUCAGCAGGAGUGGGCCCAGCGGGGGCGUCGGCGCCGGAGUUCGAGCAAGCAAGAGGCAUGGGCACAGGCUCUCGGAGGUCCGUGCGGAGCGUUCUCGGAUCGGGGCUGGGCACAAGGCGGGGUCCAGCGCCGCUCCGAGAGAUCCGCGCGGGCGUCGGUGGGUUUCUGCUCAUGCCGUCCGAUCUUCUCCUGGAGGUGUUCUGAUCUCCUCCUCUUCCUCCACAGCUUCUCCUCC